GAGAGAAAGAGAGGAGGAGGAGGAGGCGGGUUCUCUCUCUCUCUCUCUCUCUGGCUGCCCCAACCCGGGAAGAGGUUCGCUGCGCAAAAGGAGAACUCCUGGGCGCGCGCUCCUCCCCCUGCAGCUGCAGCCGCCGCCGCCGCCACCACCACAGCAGAGCGCGGCGAGGCGGAGGGCUUCCUUCCCUUUCUCCCUCCCUUCCAGUGCCGCUCCCUCCCCUCGGUUAGUUUAGCCGAGCUGCUGGCCGCUUCCCUCCUUCUCCGGCGCCGCUGGGGGAGGGCUGCGUGUGGGAGAGAGGAGGCCUCGUGCGAGCACCGACGAGGGGAAGGAGAAAGCGAGAGGAGGAAGGGUCCCCACGCCCCUGGAAGCAACCUGGGGAGGCCGGCGCUCGCUGCCUCCCGAGAUGGAUUUGGUCUCCUCUGAGGCAGGCGCCUUUUAAGCCGUGUAGUAGUAGCGGCGGCGGCGGCUCCUCCCGGUAGCACGUCCUAGUUGACCGGGUAACGGAGGGGGAGUCGCUGAGGAAUGUGGCGCCCGGGCGGCUCGGAGGCGCCUUCCUGAGGUGGAAAUGGUGGCUCGCGGCGCUGCUGCGGCUUUCUCGGCGAGCGAAAGGGAUUGCAACCGCAAAAUGCUGGAGGAUUUUACCAGGGAUGUGAUGAGUUGAAAGACAGCGACGGCCGAGAGUGUUGUUUUCCUUUCUGAAGAGUGGCAGCUAUCAUGACUGUCUUCAGGCAAGAGAACCUGGAUGAUCACUAUGAAAUCGGGGAGGAACUUGGAAGUGGACAGUUUGCAGUAGUAAGGAAAUGUCGAGAGAAGAGCACUGGAGCACAGUAUGCUGCAAAAUUCAUCAAGAAACGAAGAACAAAAUCCAGCCGCCGAGGAGUGACUCGAGAAGACAUUGAACGGGAAGUAAACAUAUUGAAAGAAAUCCAGCAUCCCAAUGUGAUUACUCUGCACGAUGUUUAUGAAAGUAAAAUGGAUGUAAUUCUUAUUCUUGAACUUGUUGCAGGAGGGGAGCUCUUUGAUUUUUUAGCGGAAAAGGAGUCUCUGUCUGAAGAGGAGGCCACAGAAUUUCUCAAGCAAAUCCUCAAUGGUGUUAACUAUCUGCACUCUCUGCAAAUUGCACACUUUGAUCUCAAGCCUGAGAACAUAAUGCUGCUGGAUAGAAAUGUACCAAAGCCUCGUAUCAAGAUCAUUGACUUUGGCUUAGCGCAUAAAAUAGACUUUAGUAAUGAGUUUAAGAACAUUUUUGGGACGCCUGAAUUUGUUGCUCCUGAAAUAGUAAAUUAUGAACCUCUGGGCCUUGAGGCAGAUAUGUGGAGUAUUGGCGUAAUAACAUAUAUUCUUCUGAGUGGUGCCUCGCCGUUUCUUGGAGAGACAAAACAAGAAACAUUAGCCAAUGUGUCUGCAGUGAACUAUGACUUCGAGGAAGAAUUCUUCAGUAACACCAGUGCUUUAGCAAAAGAUUUUAUAAGAAGACUACUAAUCAAGGAUCCAAAGAAGAGAAUGACAAUUCAAGACAGCUUGCAGCACCCAUGGAUUAAGCCUAAGGAUACCCUUCAAGCACUUAGUAGAAAAGCAUCUGCCGUGAAUAUGGAAAAAUUCAAAAAGUUCGCAGCACGAAGGAAAUGGAAACAAUCAGUGCGCUUAAUAUCGCUAUGCCAAAGAUUAUCAAGAUCCUUUUUGUCCAGAAGUAACAUGAGCGUGGCUAGGAGCGAUGACACUCUGGAUGAGGAAGAUUCAUUUGUAAUGAAAGCCAUCAUUCAUGCCAUCAAUGAUGACAACGUUCCUGGUCUCCAGCACCUUCUGGGCUCUUUGACCAAUUAUGAUGUCAAUCAACCUAAUAAGCAUGGGACACCUCCAUUUUUGAUUGCUGCUGGAUGUGGAAAUAUUCAAAUGCUUCAGUUAUUCCUAAAGCGAGGUGCCCGUAUUGAUGUCCAAGAUAAGGCAGGAUCUAAUGCAAUCUACUGGGCAUCUCGACAUGGUCACGUCGAAACACUGAAAUUCCUCCAGCUAAAUAAAUGUCCUUUGGAUGUUAGAGACAAGUCUGGAGAAACUGCACUCCAUGUGGCAUCUCGGUAUGGUCACGUUGAUGUGGUUCAAGUCUUGUGUAGCAUUGGCUCAAAUCCAAAUUUUCAAGAUAAGGAAGAAGAAACUCCUUUGCACUGUGCUGCUUGGCAUGGCUACUACCUUGUUGCCAAAGCACUGUGCAAGGCAGGCUGCAAUGUGAAUGUUAAAAAUAAGGAAGGGGAAACUCCACUCUUGACAGCCUCGGCUAGAGGUUACCAUGAUAUUGUGGAAUGUUUGGCGGAGCAUGGCGCUGACCUUGAUGCAACUGACAAGGACGGACACAUAGCCCUUCACCUUGCAGUCCGAAGAUGUCAGAUGGAAGUGGUUAAAAUGCUUAUCAGUCAGGGAUGCUCCAUAGAUUUCCAGGAUAGACACGGGAACACUCCUCUCCAUGUAGCCUGCAAAGAUGGAAACAUUCCCAUUGUGAUGGCACUCUGUGAAGCAAACUGUAACAUCGAUAUAACCAAUAAGUAUGGUAGGACACCUUUACAUCUGGCAGCGAACAAUGGAAUUCUCGAUGUUGUCCGGUACCUUUGCCUAAGUGGAGCGAAUGUGGAGGCAUUAACUUCUGAUGGGAAAACAGCAGAGGACCUGGCUAGAGCAGAGCAACACGAACACGUAGCCAGUCUUCUUACAAGAUUAAAAAAGGAUACACACAGAGCACUUUUCAUCCAGCAUCUUAGACCUACUCAUAAUCUGCAGCCGAGAAUAAAACUUAAGCUUUUUGGACACUCUGCAUCUGGGAAAACUGCUCUUGUGGAGUCUCUGAAGUGUGGGCUCCUGAGAAGCUUUUUCAGAAGGCGCAGACCGAGGCUUUCCUCUACAAACUCUGUCCGGUUUCCUCCUUCACCUUUAUCUAAUAAGCCAUCAGUUUCAGUAAGUAUUUCAAAUCUGUAUCCUGGCUGUGAGAAUGUUAGUGUGAGAAGCCGGAGCAUGAUGUUUGAGCCAGGCCUUACCAAAGGGAUGUUGGAAGUAUUUGUUUCGCCCUCUCACCAUUCCCACUGCUCAGCAGAUGACCAGUCAACCAAGGCCAUUGACGUUCAGAAUGCAUAUUUGAAUGGAGUUGGUGAUUUCAGUGUGUGGGAAUUCUCUGGGAAUCCUGUGUAUUUCUGCUGCUAUGACUAUUUUGCUGCAAAUGAUCCCACCUCAGUUCACGUUGUACUUUUUAGUCUUGAAGAGCCCUAUGAAAUACAGUUGAACCAAGUGACCUUUUGGCUUAGUUUCCUAAAAUCUCUUGUUCCAGUCGAAGAAUCCAUAGCAUUUGGAGGAAAGCUAAAAACCCCACUACAUGUUGCUCUGGUGGCUACUCAUGCCGACAUUGUCAACCUUCCACGUUCUGCAGGAGGAGAGUUCCAGUAUGACAAAGAUACAUCUCUUCUGAAAGAAAUCAGGAACAGGUUUGGAAAUGACCUUCACAUUUUAGACAGAUUAUUUAUUUUGGAUGCUGGGGCAUCUGGUUCUAAAGAUAUGAAGAUUCUCCGCAACCACCUCCAAGAAUUACGUAGUCAAAUUAUUUCUACAUGUCCACCCAUGACACACUUGUGCGAAAAAAUUGUCUCCACGCUACCUUCAUGGAGAAAAGUGAAUGGACCCAACCAGCUCAUGUCACUGCAGCAAUUUGUGUAUGAUGUGCAAGAUCAGCUUAACCCGCUAGCAAGCGAAGAUGAGCUGAGGCACAUUGCCCAGCAGCUACACAGUAUAGGAGAGAUCAAUAUCAUGCAAAGCGAGACAGUCCAAGAUGUUGUUCUGCUAGAUCCUCGCUGGCUGUGUUCAAAUGUGCUCGGAAGACUCCUGUCCGUGGAGAACCCCAAGGCCCUCCAUCACUACAGGGGCCGUUACACCAUAGAGGACAUCCAGCGCCUGGUCCCAGAUAGCGAUAUAGAAGAACUCAUACAAAUAUUGGAUGCUAUGGACAUCUGUGCCAGGGAUCUCAGCAGUGGAACAAUGAUUGACAUUCCUGCUUUAAUCAAGACUGAUAGCCUCCAUAGGUCUUGGGCUGAUGAGGAGGAUGAAGUUAUGAUUUAUGGUGGUGUUAGAAUUGUUCCUGUGGAACACCUCACCCCACUGCCUUGUGGGAUAUUCCACAAAGUUCAGGUGAAUCUUUGUAGAUGGAUCCAUCAACAGAGCACAGAGGGAGAUGCAGACAUACGCUUGUGGAUCAAUGGAUCAAAGAUUGUGAACCGUGGAGCUGAGCUCCUUGUCCUGCUUGUGAACAAUGGUCAGGGUAUUGAGGUUCAAGUUAGAGGCCUGGAAACGGAGAAGAUAAAAUGCUGCCUGUUUCUGGACUCUGUGUGCAGUACGAUUGAUAACCUGAUGGCCACAACAUUACCAGGACUCCUGACAGUCAAACACUAUCUCAGUCCUCAGCAGCUGAGGGAACACCAUGAGCCAAUAAUGAUAUACCACCCGAGAGAUUUUUUCCGCGCACAAAGUCAAAAGGAGACCUCAUUGACUAAUACCAUGGGCGGCUACAAAGAAAGCUUUAGCAGUAUACUGUGCUUUGGGUGUCUAGAUGUCUAUUCACAGGGAAGUUUGGGGAUGGAUAUCCACGUGUCUGAUCUGAAUCUGCUUACACGAAGGAAACUGAGUCGACUUCUGGAUCCACCUGAUCCCAUGGGCAAGGACUGGUGCCUUCUUGCUAUGAACUUAGGCCUUCCUGAUCUGGUUGCGAAAUAUAAUACAAACAAUGGGAGUCAGAAUGACUUUGUCCCAAGCCCAUCCUAUGCUCUUCUGCAGGAAUGGGGAAAUAGCCCUGAAAGUACUGUGGGCACCCUAAUGUCUAAACUGAGGGAACUGGGGCGCAGAGAUGCAGCUGACUUUUUAAUGAAAGCAUCCUCUGUGUUUAGAGUCAGUUUAGAUGUGAAUGGCCAGGAAGCCUAUGCUUCAAGCUGUAACAGCGGGACAUCUUAUAAUUCAAUUAGCUCAGUUGUCUCUCGGUAAAAGCAAACACAAGAAAGCACACACUUUUCUAAUAGCAGAUAGCGACAAAGGAUUAAAUACGACAGUUUUGUAUGUAUUUAUAAGUUUCUACAUUAAUGGGUUGCCACUGCCUCCCAGCAUCACUUUUUAAGUGACUGAUCAUCUUAUUUUUUUACUGUGACGUCUUGCUCUUAUUUUAGUUAUUAAAAGGCUGGUGUAUUUCUGGGUAUUUCACAGUUUGUUUCUGAUUAUACAUCGUGCUGCUUAAAUACUGGCAUUUUAACUGGGAGGACUCUAGCUUUUCGGUACCUAGAGGUUUUUUAAAUCAUUUUUCCAAACAGAAGAAGCAUACGUAGUGAUACAAAGCUCAUUUCCUAAGUCCUCUCCUUUUUUUAUCGUCCUUGUUUAAUUUAAAAAACAAAACAAUUUAUAGUGAAACAAUGCUAGUAUAUUUCAAUUUUAACACCAGGCUUAGAAAUGAGAAAGUGAGUGCCUUUUGCAGAAGAUAAUGUGGCUAAAAUCAAGUAAUCCUGUUGAAGCUAUAAGACAAUGCUACCUCUAUUUCACUGUCUGCAUGCUGGUUGUUACAAGUGGUGCUUGCCUUUGUGUUUUUCUGGAGUUUAAGAUACUUGGUAACAUGAAAAUUGUUCUGCUGAAGAGCUCUCAUGUUGAAUACCAUGCGAGUACAAACAUUAAGACAUUAUCAGUUUUUAUUUCCGUUGAAGUGGAAUGGAAAAUUGAAACCCCAUGAACUUGCACCUUCCAUUAUUUCCACAUAUCUCAGGUAAAGAUUUUACACAGUUGUAAAGUUCACCAAGGCACAUAUACAAGUGUUAGCUAAACAGAUUUACUCUGUACUUAACAGUGAUCAUUUGUGGAAAGCAAAUGUUUUUUUUGCUUUCAGAUACUAGUGUGCUUAUUUCUUAUACUUGAAAGUUUGAUUAUUAUUUUUUAAUUAAGGAAAGCAAGAAUUUCUUGCAGUAAGAGAAAUUGGUAUGAGGGAUCAAGACUCUUCUGUUCUGAAAAGCAUGUAAUUUAAAUUGUACAAGAUACAUUAUGUGUAUAUACAUAUACAAUGUAUGUAUAUAUAUAUAUUACUACUGUUUUUCCUUAAUCUUUGUUGUAGUAAAAUUUUAAAGUUUUUUUUUACAAAUAAAUUUUUGCCUGUUGCAACUAUUUCAUCAUUCCUCAUUUCCCAGCUGCAUUCGUGUUAACCAGCAAACUGAGCAUUGCUAGCUGUUGGUUCCAACAACUUGACUUUUUAGUAGCAGCUAUGAACUCUGCAGGACUAUUUUUAGUCACUGUAGUUUUUCUCUUACCAUAAGAGGUUGCUGGUCUCUGGGUAGGCUAUCCUUUAAGCAUGGCCUGCUUUUUUAACCUGCAGGCAUGCCAACCUGGUAGCCACCAUUACAUUUAUGUUCCACCUUUCUUCCAAAGCAGGCAUCCCCAAACUGUGGCCCUCCAGAUGUUUUGGGCUACAACUCCCAUGAUCCCUAGCUAACAGGACCAGUGGUCGGGGAAGAUUGGAAUUGUAGUCCAAAACAUCUGGAGGGCUGAAGUUUGGGGAUGCGUGUUCCAAAGUCUACUGUGAUGUGUGAGCCAUCCCUAGCAAUUUAGGAUAAAGGCUGUAAUUUGCUUCUGGUAAUGAUUUGGAUAUUGCAAGUAAGUUAAGCAGAAAGGGGACUACCUCCCCACCCCCCUUUAAAUCGCUUGUGCACACUAGAGGAGGACUCUAGAAGACACAAAGGUGAAAACACGCAAACAUGUUUUUGAAGGGUUUCCUCUGCUGAAUCAUCUCUUUUUUUUUUUAAGUUUGUAAAGAGGAAAUGACUUUUUGUGUAAAUACAACUUCUGGCCAAGGUCUGUGUUAAUUUCCUCCAAAAGUGCUGAUUCUGCAGAGUUAGAAGCAGCAGUGAUAGUGAAGGGUGUGACUUUGCUUAAGUAUGCAGAGUGAAUCACCAUCACCAGACAGCAGAAUCCAGGAUUACUUUCUGCAAAUUGUAUGUGCUGCAUUCAUGAGUGCAUAAAAAGUAAUUUGUGAUUAAGCUUCCUUUUUUUCACCAGUAGUUCCUAUCAUUAUGGAAUCUCGGUUUCAAUUUCCAGGGAUCUUUGGACAGGAAUUUCCUGGUUUCAAUUUGCAUUUAUUUUUAUUAUAUUAAUACGGUAAUAAUUUAUUAUUUACAUGCUGCUCAUUUGACUGCGUUUUCCCACUCAUUCUAGGUGGCGUCCAACAAAUUAAAACAUCAAACAUAGUAAAACAUCAAACAUUGAAAACCUCCCUAUAUAGGCUGCUUUCAAAUGUCUUCUAAAAGUCAGAUAGUUUUUCAGUGCAGCGAGAUUUCUUUUUUCUGUGUUCAUUUUAAUAUUUACUUGCACCCUACAAAUCCUUAAGGCAUUCCUUAUUAGGCACUUAAAACAAAUCUUCCUCUGGCAGAAUAUACUUGUUUUGACAGGGGUCUGGUAGUCAGGUGGUCUGGCUCCUUUGCAGGUCUGAGGUAUUAUAUUUCGGCAGAACAUGAAAAGUUAGAUUUUCAAAGGUCCUCAAUGUGGCCCUUUUGAGGACCCGUUUGUUUAUUGUAUAUAAUAUAUAAGUAUCUCCAUAUGUAGGUAGAUGUUCCUCUCCUAUCUUCAAGGAAAGGAAGCCGCCUUAUACCUAUUUGAAUCAGCGUUCCAGUUUAGUCCAGGACUUCAGGCCUGUGCCGACACAGGUAAGGCGUUUUCUGAGAUUAAGUCCUGUUAAACUCAGUGACAUUUCCACAUAGCUUAGCUCUAAUUGUUUUUUAACCUUUGAACUGAGAAAAGUUCAAAGUGGCACGCAGCCACAUAGCAAGAGAAUGUGCAAAUCAAACUAUGGCAGAUUUCAUCAUUAGGACCUUGUAAUGCCUGCCAGCAGUACCAUUUUCAAUUUAAAAAAAGACCAUUGUUGCAGUAGCAAUCAUUUUUAAUAGCUUCCUAUUUGUUAGUGAGAACUACCUUUUAAAUAAUAGGUAGUUCCAUGAAAAUGGCAACCUACAGACCCAUUUUUAAUUUGCAUAUUCUAUUUCAUAGGAGCCAACUCCUAGGGGCUGAGAUCCCUUCGGUUCCCUCAAUAAAAUAUUUGAGGAGGCUGCCCCCCACCCCAAGUUGAUGAGCACUGCUAUUCAAAUGGGGGUGCUGUAUUGUGGUUGAUUAUGUGGGGCGGGGCCCUACCUGCCCCCCCCCAACAUUUUAUUCAAGUUGGUACUCCUGUUCUCUAUCAUUUUAAAGAUAACUUUCCAGCAACAGUUUUUCAAAGUAGCAUUUAAAAAAUGAGUAAAGCAACCAGAAGUGUGAUGUACAAAAUGGCUCAGGAUUUCUCUUAAUUUUUUUUUUAAGUUCAGUUAAAGACCUCCCCAGAAAAACAGAUGAUAGAUGAAUGACCCUUUAUUGUUUUCAUAGUUUUGCUUUCUCAUUUUGUGAAUGAAGAAGAAAUUAUAUAUUGGGCAAUAAAUAAAUAAAUAGGACAAUAAAACUUACUUCGUUGAGGGUGUUACACUGGUGAUAUAAGCACAUGCCCCUCCCCACAAAAAAUGGAAAGAAAAAUCCUUGUUUCACCUUCCAUCCCUCUUUGAGGAUCUUAGCCAGGGGUCAGCAAACUUUUUCAGCAGGUCCACUGUCCCUCAGACAUUGUGGGGGGCCAGACUAUAUAUUUGGGGGGGGGGUGAACAAAUGCCUAUGCCCCACAAAUAACCCAGAGAUGCAUUUUAAAUAAAAGGACACAUUCUACUUAUGUAAAAACACGCUGAUUUCUGAACCAUAUGCAAGCCAGAUUUAGAAGGCGAUUGGGCCGGAUCCAGCCCCCGGGCCUUAGUUUGCCUACCGAUGAUCUUAGCAUUAGGGAAAUAGGUUUAGAUGUUACCUGGAAUGUGUUUUACAUGUAACAUUUAUUGUACUGUAGUCUUAUUGUGGCCAAUGUCCAACUUACGUAAAACCAAUGUGUGUGUCAUUUAAACCUCUCUUUAGGACCACCUAGCUAGCAGUUCAAAAGCACGUCAAUUGCAAGUAGAUAAAUAGGUACCGCUCCGGCGGGAAGGUAAACGGUGUUUCCGUGUGCUGCUCUGGUUCACCAGAAGCGGCUUAGUCAUGCUGGCCACAUGACCCGGAAGCUGUCUGCGGACAAACGCCGGCUCCCUCGGCCUAUAGAGCGAGAUGAGCGUGCAACACCCCAGAGUCGUCCGCGGGUAUCUUUACCUUUACCUUUUUAAGGACUGUCAUAAUUCCUUCCCUGAGAAUGUAAUAAUUAUUAGGCCUAUAUUUGUACCAUACCAUGAAUGAUUGUAGGGCAUUGUGCAGGGUGUUUUUUGUUUUUGUAAAAGCCAGGUGCCUGUUCUCAAGAAGUUUACAAUCUGAAAGAAUGUGAAGAAUAGCAAGUAUGACUUGUGCAACAGUCAAUCAUGUGGCUGAAAUGUGAGGUUUAGUGUUGUCUUUCCCAACUGUCCUGCUGAGAAAUGACAAAAAGGAGCAAGGGACAGACGUAGUGCUGAUCUUGUUAAGGUUGCAGUUUCCAUCUUCUGACUCACAGCUGCAACACGUCACAGUCAAACAUCUUGUUUGUGCUGCUGCUUGUAUUUCAGCUAACAUAAAGUAGAAGGGAAGAUUUUGUUCAUUCCCUACUUCAUACCCUCCCACAUUUCUCCAAUGAAACUAGGGAUAUCCUAAGGAAAAGCAGGAUCAAAUCAGAAACCGGGAUGGCUUCUGUAAAUCUGAGGCUGUCCCUGGAAAAUAGGGACACUUUGGAGUGUCUGCCUCUUUUGUCCUAUACGCUGAACUGUUAGAAAAUUAAUGUAAAUUACACUGGACAUAUAUAAAAACACUUCAAGCCUUCUCCAACCCACUGCCUGUUUUUCCUUCCUACCCUUCCAGCAAUCAUUGACUCCAAUGACUUCCAGUGAAUU